UGCACGUGUCGCCCCCAAGCAAUGCAAUGUAUCUGAAUACGGAUAAAGAGGACGAUGCUUCUGUACAGACGCAACUCUCCGACAGUUACAUUGGAUUUGGAACAGAUGAUCCUCAAACACAAAUGACGGAGGGGGUGAGUUCAUCUGAUGACGCAUACCUCUACCGUACAACCACUGAUGACGCAUACCUCUCCCAUACGACCACUGAUGACGCAUACCUCUACCAUACGACCAUUGAACAAAGCGUGUCAAAACAACCGACGAGUACCACAACAUAUGACUGGAUUCGAUUUUCCGAAAACCCAGAGGCAAUCAAUGCAAAGACAACAACUCCAGCGGAAUUCUCAAACACACACAUAGGCAGUGCGUUGUUAUUUCACAAACAAGUGACUCCGUCUACCGUCUCACUGCCAUCUACAACUGUAUUCAGAGAAACAGAUGUUGUCGAGGAAUCAGAGACAGAUGCUUCACAUUCAGAUGGAUAUCUCUCUAAAGUUCUCACUUCUCCUGACGAUUCCGAACACUCUCCUGAGCAUUCAGUGAGUAUACUACAAGACAAAUCAACUCAGGAAGACUCAUCUAAAUACACAAACCCUUCACACGCAGAGGACAAUCAGGACCCUAUUCCAAAUUUACAUCAGGAGAAAGAUCCAGCCCCUCUUCAGGCUGGUUUGCCGUCCCAUGAUUUAGAAUCGACCAUAACAGCAGAGAAUGGUUAUCUCGAGGACACGACAGCGGAGGACCGACCCGGCUUAGAUGUUUCACCCCCAUUAACUACCUCCAUAAACUCAUCAGACGACCAUUCUGCAUCUGCUGAACAGCUUCUCGGGAAUUUAACUUCGUUAACACGAGAGGAAGUACGCGCAGCCAUAGACCGACACUUGGGACCCGUUCUUAUAUCGGCGAUGAAAACAAAUGAUGCACCAGCGGCAUUAAGUUGUCUUAAUAAAUCUACUAAUAUUCCUCAGCAGGAAGAGAGAAACCCCGACAGAGCGCAUGUGCAAAGUCUUGAUACCGGAAAUGAUAUAGAAGAUACGGAACCAGGUUUCGAUGCUGCGACCAGCUGUUAUAUAGGAAAAAUGGACCUGGCAAUAUUGGUUGAUGCGUCCGAUGAUUUCCGAAAGAGGGAUAUGAUACGUCUGCAACGGUUUAUUAUUAAGUUACUCCGACCAUACAAGUUUGGUGAAGAAAAUAUCAAAUUAUCUAUGAUAACCUUUAACACGAAAUCGCACCUGGUGUUCGAUUUUGAGCAGUUUGACCAUGACCUUAGGACGGGAGGAAGGUCCGCGGUUGAGAGCAGAAUUAGGAAAAACUUGAAACCAGGAGGGCACAAAAAUACGGCCUCUGUUUUACACGUGACAAAUAAACUUUUUGGUGAAUGCGGGGACCGUAGCACUGUGCCUAAUCUAGUUCUACUCAUCACAGGCGGUGCUUUGUUGGAAGGCAACCGCGAACAGACGCUACAGGAGGCGAUGACUUUGAAACAAAACGGGAUACGCAUCGUUGGUUUAGUUGUUGGGCAGUGUGAUGGUGAAGAGAUACAUGAUUUCAAGUCGGUUGUGUUGAACAGUCAAGACGCCAUAUGCGUGAAAACGUCAAAAUUGCUUCCGUCAUUCAGUGAAGAAUUGAGGGAGAAGCUAUGCAGGGAAAUAGCAAGCACGAAAUAAGAAUUUAAUAAAAGGUUUUAUUAGAGUAAA